ACACACACACACACACACACGCUGAGCAAAAGCGACAGCAGCAGUAGAGACAGAACGGACGUAGAAGCGCGAGCUCUGUUUUAAACCGGGGAUCUGGGGACUUCGUAUUAACGCACGUGCCGUUCAGCGCGUUCAUCAAUGGGACGUUUCCGGUCCUCGGUGUGUCUUCUGUCCCAAUUUCGGACUUUUGUUGCUUUUUUUUUUUGAUCUGAUCUGAUUAGAAAAGACGAAUGAAGUGACUUAGGGUGGAUUUUACCUGCAAGAGCGACACCCAAGAGAAACAAUGCUGGCCAGGAUCAUGUUCCUUUGUUCCUUUUUAGCUUGUGCUAGUUUGCAGGAGGAUGAGAGUCUAAAGGUAUCUUUUGCAGGAGCUUGUGAAACAUUGUGCGCCUGCGAGGAGAAGGACGGAGUGUUGCACAUAAAUUGCGAGAAAAGAAAUAUAAACAGGAUCUCUCAAGUCCAAGUACCUUCAGAUAGACCUUUCCAUUUAAAUCUAUACAAGAACGAUAUUGUGGAGCUGCUCCCAGAGGACAUGGAGGCUUUUAAGAACGCAGUCACAUUGCAUCUGAGUGGUAACAGCAUACAAGAGCUGGUGCCCGGUGUUUUCAGUGCACUGGGCUCGUUGAAGAAGUUGCACAUCAACAGCAAUUUUCUGGUGAUGUUGAAGGAGGAUACUUUUCAUGGCUUGGUAAAUUUAGAAUACCUCCAGGCUGACACAAAUUUCAUCCGAAUCGUGGAGCCUGGGGCAUUUAGCAAACUUGUCCGUCUCAAAGUCCUGAUCCUCAACGAUAACUCCAUCGAGUUCCUUCCCAGCAACAUCUUCCGAUUCGUGCCUCUGACUCAUUUGGACCUACGUGGAAACAAUCUUCAGACUCUGCCGUAUGUGGGAUUUCUAGAGCACAUAGGCCGCAUCAUUGAGCUUCAGCUGGAGGACAAUAAUUGGAUCUGUGACUGCCAGAAUCUCCAGUUGAAGAACUGGAUCGAGAUUAUGCGACCACAGUCAUCCAUUGGGGAAGUGGUUUGCGACAGCCCCCAGCAUCUCAAGGGUAUCCCUUUGGCCAAAGUAAAACGGGAUGUAUUGUGCCCGUCCCAUGCGGAUAUAAACUUUGAAGAACCGUCCAAGUCUCUGGACAUGGUGGUCACCCCGUCGACAAAGGUGCUCCAAAUACCAGAAUCAAGAAAUGAUGCAAAGAUUCCCACGCCUUCUCAUGUCCCAAAGACAUCAUGUGCAUCAGAGUGUUCUUGUCACAACCAUCCCAGCGCAGGGUUCCUCAUUCACUGCGAGGAUCGGGGCAUCCAGAGGAUAUCAGACCUCGGAAUUUUUCAGCAAAGUCCGAGUAAGCUUGUUUUAACUGGCAACAUGAUAGAGCGAAUCCUAAAAUAUGAUUUUGUUACAUAUGACAGUUUGGAGUUGCUUAAUCUGGCAAACAACCAAAUCAACUAUGUAGACAACGAAGCAUUUUUAAGUCUGAGCAGUCUUAAAAAACUGUACCUGAAUGGUAAUAGGAUUGAGAGAAUUACUGCUACUAUGUUUGUAGGCCUCCAUAAUCUGGAAUACUUGUACUUGGAAUAUAACACAAUCAGGGAGAUUGAGGCAGGUUCAUUCAACCCUUUGACAAACCUCAAUCUCCUGUUCUUGAACAACAACCAGCUCAGUGCUCUACCAGCGCAAAUAUUUAGGAACGUUCCCUUGGCCAAGUUGAAUUUGCGAAGCAAUCUGUUCAUGCACCUGCAGGUCAGCAAUGUGUUAGAGCAGCUCGAUUUCCUGGAACAGAUUUACCUCGAGGACAAUCCUUGGGACUGUACAUGUGAUCUAGUCAGCAUAAAGCAAUGGUUAGAGAAGCUCAGGAAGGAUACGGUGGUGGGCUCCAUCUUGUGCCACAGUCCCAAAAAAAUCGUCAAUGCUGAAGUCAGGCUCCUAAAGCAUGAUGUUCUUUGCCCUGGUUUGGUCACGCAAUACUCCUUACCCUCGAGUGAAUUUGGGGCUGUUACAACAAUAGCACCGGAAGGAGGCAUAAACGGCUUCUUCCGAUCCCUAACUGAUGCAGUUCCUCUUUCUGUCCUAAUCCUAUGCCUCCUCAUUCUCUUCCUUACUAUUAUCUUCUGUUCUGCGGGGAUCAUUGUCUUUGUCUUGCACCGCCGACGCAGGCGUUCAAAGAAAAAGCAAGCUGAAGAACAGACUCGUGAAAAUAGCCCCAUCCACCUGCAUUACAGCAUGUAUGGACAGAAAACUACUCACCACUUGGCUGAGAGGCAUGACCCCAACAUGUAUGAUGAACCUUCUCGAAGUCCCAUCAUUCAAGUUUGCAGAAACCCCAGCUAUUGUUUGCAGCACAAAGAAUACGACACAGAGGAUUAUGACAUAGAGAAACCAAAUCGGCUUCGCCACAGCAUCACUGAUAAGGAGAAUGGCUCCCCGCUUAGCGGGUCAAUGAAGUACAAGGCGAUGUCCCAUGAGUACCCUGCUCAUGAUUUCGUUUCGUUGGGUGACAAGGGGUCUUUGUACAAAAACAUCCUGGAGCGGGAACGUGAACUCCAACAACUGAGCAUCACCGAAUAUCUCAGGAAAAACAUCUCCCAGCUACAGGACGUGCAAGUCCCUGGGCACCAUCAAGAGCUCAAACUGAUGGAGACACUCGUGUACACCAGGCCGAGGAAGGUUAUGGUGGAGCAGACUAAAAAUGAGUACUUUGAACUCAAAGCGAAUCUCCACGCUGAACCGGAUUACUUGGAGGUACUUGAGCAUCAGACGACAUUUAAUUGAGAUGCAGCACACUGGAACAUUACAAUAUCAGACCUGCUUCAAGAGAUAAUGCCUAAAGUGCCUUGAUGAUUUUUAAGCAGAUAUGAUGUGCAGCUGCUGAACUUUGUUAAGGUGAUAUUUUUUUGAAGGAGCACAGUAGAGAGUAUCUUACCCUGCCUAUUUGGUAGAGUUAUUCUGUUUCUUUUGACAAAUAUCAUGUGCCAAUUUUCCAUCUGCAACCAUAGGACACUUGUCACCUUCUUGAAAUUGUAGAACCUGAAACAUUUAUUUCAGGACUUCCAUUGUGGGAACCCUUAUGGAAUCCGGACAUUACUCCAGAGACAGAGUAGGAACGUUAUUCCAAUUGGAGUUCUAAGUUGACCAAUCAGUGUUCACAACUAGUUUUAGCACUGCCUAUGCCACGAUUCAUAUGGUUUAUAGGCAAGCAAGAGGGGUAACAAAAUUUUGCAAAGAGCCAAUAGCAAAGCACUCUAAGUGAACAACUUCUAAAUUGGCUGUACUUUCCAUACCUUUCAAGGUCCUUUGGUCACCCCUCUUGGUGAACCAGAAAUGGUUUUAUUUCGAACCCUACCACAUAAAGGAAAGGAUUUCCGAUAGAAUUCUUUAUUUCUGAAAGCUAAGAAGAAACCAUUACCUAAUAAACCACCAAUGAUAUUUCUCAUUAAUAAUGCCAACUGGCCAUUAGUUACUUAUUGAUACCUAGAACCUGGCUGGUGCUUAUUAUAUACCUUUAGCUACUUGGGUACUUGGUACACUCUAAGAAAGAAACAGGAUUUUUUUUUUUUUUUGUGGAUCUUUAUAGGAUCGUUUGCUAUUUAAGUAUUGUCAGCCUCAUAAAAGGGUUCUAUGGGAAUGCCUUCCUGAUAUGGAUCUGUUGUAAGGUUCUAUUUAGAGACAAAUAACUCAAGGUAUUUCAGUUAUGGCAUGCCUACACUGCAUGUAUCAGCCAUACCUGUGCACAAAUUUACUUACUCGUCUUGCUUGCCCUGUUGCCAAAAUUAAAAUAUGGUUGAAGCUCAAAUUAGUGCUCCCCAAUGAUUGGUCAAAAUUGUAACAUCAGGAUACAGUUAGUCCCAGGACUUUGUUACUAAGCUGUUCUUAGUGGAAAAAUGCAAUUAAAGGUUUUAAUAUCUCAGUCUUCCACGUAGUGGGGGUUAAUGGUCCUCAAGUUUCUAACUGGCUGUUGGAGGUUUUUUUUUGUUGGACUGUUUCUCAUUAUUCCUUGCUGUACCUUCACCAUGCUUUUACAUCGAAUCGGUUACUGGGCAAGAGUAGCGCCGAUACUUUGUGCAGAGGAACAGAAGAUACGUUGUGACAUUUUGGGCAAGAAAAUAAAAGUUUAUGUCCAUAACGUUUUUUUUUUUAACUGUUGCAUCUCGUUACUAUCGAUAUUCCAGCAUUUACUGCAGGUUAUUAUUUUAUGAAAAGAAAAACAAAAAAGGAUUGCACUACUCAAAAACACCAUUUGAAAAGAUGGCACCUGACAAUCAAGUGUAGCUACUGGUAUGUAUGUGAUUGAUGAUUGAUGUAUCCAUUUUUUUUUUUUUUUCUUUUCGAUUUUCAUAAUUCUCCGUAACGUAAUGCAUGAUCGAUAAUUAUGCAGGGUGGUCUGAAAGGAUUUGCUAUACAUAAGAGCACCAUAGCUUUAUUUUGUACCGACAUAGAUCAGAGUUUAUUUAUUCUGUAUAUAUUUGUGCAUAAUGCAGCGUUUCUAUGUAUGUGUGCCUUUUUCGAUGUUGUGAUGACGGAUGUAAAUAAAAGUUACAAUAUAGUGUACAGUUAAAAAAAAAAGCAAAAAAAAAAAAAAAAAUAGCAUCGACACCAUGCUAGCACUGGGUUUUCUUUUGUAUAUUUUUGGAAUUGCUAUUCUUUAGAUAUGCAUUGAAAUGAGAUGCGUUACUGUAUUGUAACUAGAGAAUAUAAUAUUUUUUUCACCAGCUUAACUCCAAGAAUAUUUGAUGCAAAUUCAAUAAAGCAGAUUAUAUGAGUGAAAAAAAAAAAAAAGAAA